GCUCAGGGGUCGCGCCAGGCCCAAGCCCACCGCUCGUCUACUGCAGCUCAGCGUUUCGACACGGCACGAACAAUCCGUAGACGCGCACCCCUUGCUGCCGCCUGGGUGAUGGCAGCGCGCGGCUACAGAGCAGUGGCGGACGGGCGCGUGGUUGCCCUCCAAGAGCACGAGGUUGCCACGAAGCCGGUCGCCUGCGGGAUCACAUCGUUCAGUGAGCUUUGGAGCAGCAUUGGGGCCUGCUGGGAUUCCGCUGACAUCGCAGGAUCCGUGUUCUUCGAUUACUAUCCAGACUUAGACGCAGCCGUGGAGAGGCAUCUGACUGGUUUCGACGGCGACAAGGGUGGGACCCAGAGCGCGGCUGUGGAGCCAGAGUUGGUCGGGCGCGCAUUGCAGGAAUCGCAUUCACCGAGGAGUGAUUCAGGUUAUUCUGGAUCGUCUUCCGAACAAAGUGUGGAUAUCCCAUUUUGA